AUGUUUGAUGCACAAAUGAAAGAUGUUGCUAUUACAAUGCCUAUCAUAGAUGCAUUCUUGCUGAACCCAUCAUACAACAAGUUCCUCAAGGAUGCAGUUUUGGAAAAGAAGAAAGCUCUACAAGGAAUGGUUAUCUUAACUCAUGAGUGCAGUACUAUUAUUCAAAACAAUGUAGUAGCAAAAAAGCUUGAAGAUCCUGGUAGCUUCACUCUCCCUUGCACAUUGGGACCUUUAUCUUUUAGCCAUUGUUUAUGUGAUCUGGGUUCUAGUGUGAGCUUGAUGCCUCUAUCAGUUGCCAAAAGACUAGGUUUCACUCACUACAAGAAGUGUAUGAUCACCAUUGUUCUUGCUGAUAGGUCAGUUAGAACACCAGUUGGAGUGCUUGAAGACUUACCAGUGAUGAUUGGCCAUUUUGUGAUCCCAACUGACUUUGGUGUGCUUGAAAUAGAUGAAGAACCAGAAGAUUCACUCAUCUUGGGGAGACCAUUUCUAGAACUGCAGGAACAAUGA